CAUGCGAAGACGUUUUGCGUCAGGUCAGCAGAUGAAAACACAUUGCUGUGCCAUGUGUAGGAAAAACAUUGUGCUCUAUCGUGCCGCUUUCCUGCACAAAAUAUUGUUUAGUGUUCACAUAGUACGACACAGGUGACCCAAAAAGUCAGCAUUUAGGGCAACAGAAUACCUUAGAGAUGCAACGAGUACUUCCGAUGGUUACACAAACUGUGUACAAGGAUAUAAGUUUAUAGGGUGGUGAAGAGGGGUGCUUGGUACGGUCAGUCAUGUGGAGAACAUCUCUGAGUGUACGCCGCAGAUGCUUUGGACCAAAGAGGAUUUGGGGCUCCCAUGCGGUGCGUAGAUGCAGCACUCCAGCCUUACCUGCAGGCAGGAUCACAGCCCUUCAGGCAGUGGACCUGUGGAAGCAGCACUUUGUGGAGAGAGGUGUGACGGAGCCUGAAGAAUCAAGCCACUACAUCAUUGCUUAUCUGCAUGGGGCUAAAACUAUUCAAAGUCUUGACCGGAGGAAGUUAACAGAAUUUCUCAGCCAAGAAAAAAUGGAGCAAAUGUGGCAGCUCUGCACUAAACGUCUAUCCAGAAUGCCUGUGCAGUAUGUGAUUGAGGAGUGGGACUUCAGAGAUCUAACACUAAAGAUGAGGCCUCCUGUGUUCAUACCAAGACCUGAAACUGAGGAGUUGGUUGAACUUGUGCUCACUGAUCUGGAGAGGAAGCCUGGGACUGGAGUGGGUACAGAUACAUGCUUGGAAGUUGGAUGUGGCUCCGGUGCCAUUUCUCUUAGUUUGCUGAAAAGUCUGCCUCAGCUUAAAGCACGUGCCUUGGAUCAAAGCCAGGAUGCAGUGGAUUUAACAAGAGAGAAUGCAGUAAGGUUGGGGCUUCAGGACAGAUUACAGGUUUAUCAUAUGGAUGUAAUAAAAGAUGCAGAGGCUGUGCUGAGCCUCUGUAGCUCUGUCUCAGCUUUGGUCAGUAAUCCUCCAUACCUGUUCUCAGAGGAUAUGACAUCACUGGAACCUGAAAUUUUCAGGUUUGAGGACCACGCUGCUCUAGAUGGAGGUAAAGAUGGCCUAAAAGUGAUCAAACAAAUUUUGACGUUGGCUCCACAGAUUCUAUCGAAUCAUGGUCGUGUUUACUUGGAAGUGGACCCCAGACAACCCCCACUCAUUCGGCAGUGGGUGGAGGCGAAUGUGGAAGAGAUCCAUUAUGUGGAGACGCGGCACGACGUGACCGGCAGGCCGCGAUUCUGCAUCCUUCAGUACAAGAAGUCAAACAAGGACCACAGGCAAGAUCUGGAUUGAGAAACUGAGAUCCUAUUACGCUGGCUUUAGCCCAGGUUGCCACAGCCUCAGCUCCCCUCCCCCCACUGAGCCGCCAAAGCACGCGCUUGGACCCAUUUGAUCACACAAAAUUCACAAUUUUCAGGAGCUCAAAUCAUUGUGAUGUUACUGUUGCACUUUGAAUCUGGUAACAUUUGUGACUACAUCCUGUGCCACAAUAAAAUGUGCACGAGAUGACACAAGAGGGCUCAAAGCUGAAGGUAAUUACCGAGGCUUUUCUUAGAACCCUUCCUCUCAGAAACUCACCGUCCUCCCAGGAAGCAUUCAGUAGUUCCGUGAAACGGCUGAUGAACGGUCCUCCCCUUCGCUU